ACCAUAUGCUAAAUUCACUAGCCGCUGAGAGCCAAUCAUAAUCUCUGAUUCCCUUUAACGGUCCUUAAUUCUCCGAUUUUACAUCCAAAAUCAUUACUCCAAUCAUAAAAAAGCUUGCUUUGCGGUUCUUCCUGAGAUUUUUUUCUUCUCCUUCCUUCUCAUCCUUGGAAUCGAAAAUGGGUCGACUGGGUAUAGUGGUUUCUGAUCUGGUAUUGUCGUUCAUGUGGGUAUGGGCAGGAGUUGUGGUCAACAUUUUAGUCCACGGUGUUCUCGGAUUUAGCCGUAGCGAUACGACCGGUGAGAUCGUCCGAUAUGCUUUCUCCGUCAUCUCCAUGUUCGUCUUCGCUUUCCUUCAGAAACUCACCAAAGGCGGACUUUACAAUCCUUUGACCGCUCUUGCUUCUGGAGUCACCGGUGGCUUCGGCAGUUUUAUCUUCACCGUCGUGGUUCGAAUCCCCGCCGAGGUAAUAGGAUCAAUCCUUGCGGUUAAACAUGUCAUUCACAUUUUCCCUGAGAUUGGGAAAGGACCUCGGCUAAACGUAGCAAUACAUCACGGUGCUUUAACCGAAGGGAUACUAACAUUUUUCAUAGUUAUGAUCUCAAUGGGACUAACAAGAAAGAUCCCUGGAAGUUUCUUCAUGAAGACUUGGAUUGCUAGUCUUGCUAAGUUAACUCUUCAUAUUCUUGGCUCUGAUCUAACCGGCGGAUGCAUGAACCCAGCUGCUGUUAUGGGAUGGGCUUAUGCACGUGGCGAACAUAUAACGAAAGAGCAUUUGCUUGUGUAUUGGCUUGGACCUGUGAAGGCUACACUGCUCGCUGUUUGGUUCUUUAAUGUUGUGUUUAAGCCUCUGACCGAAGAACAAGAGAAACCAAAGGCUAAAUCCGAGUGAGGAAUUAGAUCAGUUCUCAUAUUUAAUCCUCUCCUAAGACAAAUCUCCUUUUCAGUGACACACAAAGGGUGAGGUUGUUUCCGCCAUAAUCCUUGGACUUUGUUCUUAGCUUUCGUAAUUUGUUGUUUAUAUAGCAAGCCCCAACUGUAUCAAUCGGUUCAAUAAAAUUUGAAUUUUGAUGAAUCCAAUAUGCGAUGUGAUUGAUAGAUGCAGUAAAAGUAUUUGGUUUAUUGCAAAAAAAGAAAGACAA